GGAGCGAGAGCAGAGCGAGAGCGAAGGAAUUUCGUGGAUGUGAUUGUGAUGUGAAUUGCGGGCGAUUGAUGGAUUGAUUCUGUUUGCGAGUGAGAGGGAGGGGAGGGGAGUGGAGGAGUGAGGGAGGGGAGAUUGCGUGGAGUCGAAUUGCUUGGGCUAGGACGCCGCCUUUUGCUUCUCCUUCUUGUUGUCCGUCGGGCCGUGUGAGAGGACGGGGGCGGGCUGCUCCUGCUGCUGUCGGAGGUUGAUGAAGGUGUGUGUUCGGCAGCAGCUGCGGGUUUGUUGGUGUAGGUGCAAUUGCUGGUGUUUGUGACCGGUCCGUGAAAGGGUGAAGGUGUGUGUCUGAUGAAGGGAUGAAUGAAUGGCCGACCGGCCUCCCGGAACGAGGACGGAAGUUAGCGUAUGAGGAGUUCGUUCGGCCGAUUGACGGGAAGAGAGGAAGGGAGGCCGAAUAGGAGGAGCAGGAGGAGGAGGACCAGAAGCAGGAGGCAGGUAAUUGCGAGGCUGUUGAAGUUCUCAGAUGUCACAGAGUGCAGCGCUGGUGGAAAGACGGAUUAGUCGUUCGGAACAAACUUGCUGCCGACGGGGAGGAAGCGAAAAUCGCCGGGGACGAGCAGUAGUAGAAGAAGAAGAAGCUGAUGCGCUGGGAGCCCGCUUUUCCAAUCUUCUCGGAGUUAAUCGCAGCACAGAAUCUGACAGAUUUCGUCACGUUCUGCCUUGGGUUUGUUUCUCGGAGGGAAGACCUUCGUAAAAUCUGCUGCUACCAGGCUUUCUAGGAUCGAGUCAUCUGCAAUUGAGCACCAUGAGUGCAAUCAAUUGACGUUUUCCCGUCGGCAAGGUGAAGCUUGUUGCCCACGCUAUUGACUGCCUUCCUCGAAAAGUCGGCAUGCCCGUGGGAUCGAAUUUCUCGAUUUUCAGCAUCUUGUUUGUCACCGGCAGAUUUGGAUUUUGUCAGACGCAUGAUCCCGUGCAGAUGACGGAGAGUAACAAUCGAGGCCUGUAGCUAAAGGAAUCGUAAGAUUCCGCCCUAUAACAGAAUUCUGCGCAUGCCGGUGAAUUAUGCGAUCGAAUGUGUAUUGGAGAAGCUGUUGCAAGCCAAGAGAGACAGGGUUUUGAGCACGAUGACUGAUGGUGAAUCUAGUAGAGGCCGCAGACUGAAGAAUCUGGGGUCCUCGGGAUUGGCCGUCGUCUUAGAUCAUGAAGAAAGCGGGAGUGUAGUAACAGCUGCGACUUGUAUGCUCGAUGAUUGUGCGAGUGGCCUGGAACGCACCCUCGCCCAUGUGCUGGAUAUACCUAGCUGUGGGACAAGUUACCCUUUAACAGACCCUGCGACGGACGGGACGAGAAUCGAUCCUGCUGCCGUGCAACUGUAUCUUCUGUCUAGAUUGACUAGUCUGCAACGUUCAGAUGAAACCUCGGCCGGGGAAUUAGAUGGAGUCUUUAUAUUGAAAGGCCGUAUGGGCCCUGGUGUUGUAAUGAUGGACGUAGACAGUGCGUCUGGCAACAUCAAAUUCGACAAGACAUGCUUGUCGCUCGAGAGUCAGACCAUCUUCAGCAGUGCCCGGGCCAAUGCUUGUGUCUGGAAGGGAAAGUGGAUGUUCGAGGCCACGCUAGGAACUGCAGGUAUACAGCAACUGGGUUGGGCUACGCUUUCCUGCCCCUUUACCCAUCUAAAAGGUGUUGGGGAUGCCAAGGACUCGUAUGCGUAUGAUGGUAAGAGGAUCCGAAAGUGGAACGAACAUUACUGGGAAUACGGGCAACUUUGGGUCACAGGGGAUGUUAUCGGGUGUUGCAUUGACCUGGAUGCGGGCCAAAUCUCUUUCUACAGAAACGGUACUACUUUAGGAGUCGCAUUCGAGGGCGUGAAGAAACUCGAACCUAAAGAUGGGUACUUCCCUGCGAUUUCCUUGUCACAUCACGAACGAUGUGAGCUCAAUUUUGGUGGGAGGCCGUUCAAGUAUCCUGUGAAGGGUUUUUGUCCAAUUCAGUCUCCUCCAGCUGUGCACAUAGACAGGGAUAAAGACGGGCUUGCGUCUCCUGCUCGUAGAGCAAACUACCUGCUCGGAUGUUUGCAGCGGCUCGUACAGCUUGGAAGUCGAGAAGUGGCUGCCGCAAUGGCGCCUGUCGAAAGGUUGAAGAGGUUCACUCCUCUGAGCGAAGGCGAAACAUUGACGGUUGGUGCCAUGAUUAUGGAGUUGGUCCAGCCUCUCAUCUGCACAGAUGUCGGAUCUGAAUGUUUAGGUGACGAUGUCUCACCUUCUAUGGCCGAAUAUGUCAUAUGGGGUUCUUUGGUACCCCUCUUGAUGGACACAUUCAGGUUGGAAGCUCCUCACGACAGUCCAAGUGUAGAUCACGCUCUCGAUUUUCUACUGCCGUGCCUGGACAAGCGUGGAGUAGAAAUGGUUAUGGAAGCACUGGCAUAUGGUUGCAGAACCUCUCCUUUCACGUUGACGGACUACCCAUAUACCGGCUCUUAUGCUUAUCUGGCCCUAGCGUGCCACCUUUUAGAGCGCUAUGAUUUCAUGGCACGGUGGUGGAGCUCAGAAAACCUCGAAUCGUGUUUAGAAGGCCUCCUCACCAGGAAAGUGCCAAAUAAAUAUGACUACGAAGCUCUCAUGCCAACGGUCUGGUGGCAUGGUUCUCGAGAAGAUUUGUGUUCGGAGUCCAGAAUGAGACAUGCAGCUUCAGCUUUAGCCAAAGCGAUUGCCAAAGUUGAAGAGUUACAUUGGGAACUCUGUAGAACUUUGCUGCACUUUAUUCCACCCGUACCGAGUGGCUCAGUCGUGGCGUCCUCAACACAAGUACCUGGCUUGCUUUUUGGGAAGUUUUUGCGAAAUCUGAUUUGCAAAAAUAGUGGCGCAAAUAGGAACAUGCCUCCUCCAGGUCUUUCGGAUAACUCUGUUCUAGUGUCUGCCUACUACGUUCUGCUGCGAUUUCUGUCGGAAGGUCUUGAAGGACACAAAAAUGGGGACACUGGAGACGCUGGUAAAGAGCAGCAAGACAUGUGUGCUGGCUUUCUGCACAGGCCGGAGAAACGCAAAUUUCCAGUCAGCUUAUUUCUCAAAGAGAAUGGAUAUUCUUACGAUUUUGCACGCCUUGGUGGAACUUUCAGUCACUUGUCCAAAACGCUUCCUGUUUCUUCUGAAGAUUAUGCGGAGGUCGAGUGGGAAGAAAGUGACAUGGAUGAUGGAGGGACUGUGGUCAAGCAUGGAGGCAAAUGCAAACCUGCUUGUUGUCUAGACUUAGCCUCCAACGCGUCGACUCACUGUGAAAUGAAGGGCAAUGUUGAGAAGUGCGCCACUCGCCAGUCCACUAGUGUUAGCGAAAGGAGUAACUCAAUCAGCAGCGAAUGCAGUAAUAGACAUUGUGACGAUAUGGAAGAAGAUAAACCUAGCUCUAGUGGAAGGGUGGAUGCACUUUUGAGCAGGCGAUACUCACCAGUCCGUAAGAAUGAACGGAUUGGUUUCAAGACGAUUAAGGACUUGUCCGAAGCUAUCAGAGAAGAAGAGUUGCUGGAUAUGCUGGUACUUUUAUAUCAUCUGGGGCUUGGCUCCAACUUCAAGCAGGCUUCUUUCGACAUGCAGCAUCAGAUGCAGUUGAUAUCACAGCUAGAGGAUAUCGACCGCCAGAUACGAACAGAUAAGGCGUCGAGUGACUGUGGCUUGAAGAAGUUGAAGGAGGAUAGAGCUGCUACACGGGAGAAGCUGAUCGAAUGUGUUCGAAGGUGUACAUGGUAUCGGGUUUCGUUCUUCUCCAGGUGGAAGCAGAGAGGAAUGUACGCAACGUGCAUGUGGAUCGUACAACUUCUACUUGUGUUCAGCAAAAGAGAUAAUUUAUUUGGUUACGUACCAGAAUUCUAUGUGGAAACUCUGGUGGAUUCGUUCCAUGCUCUUCGGAGGAGUGAUCCACCGUUUGUAUAUCCAACUUCUGCCUUGUUGCAACAAGGACUUUCUCCAUUGGUAACCUUCCUUGUGACACACUUCAGUGACUCAAGGAUAGCCAAUCCAGAUAUUAGAGACGUUCUUUUGCAAUCAAUAUCAGUUUUGGUACAGUACAAAGAGCAUGUUGCUGCGUUUGAGAAAUGCAAGGCUGCACGAGAGUGCAUGGUGGGAUCCUUGCUUGCUGCCUUCGAUAAUCGGUUUUGGAUACCGGUCUCCAACAUUCUUCUACGCCUAUGUAAAGGUGCUGGCUUUGGAGCGUCAAAAUGCUAUCCUCAUGGGGAGUCAUUUUCAUCUUUCUUCCAGCUUGUGCAGCAACUUCUGAAGGAGAAAUGUCUGUCAGACGAAAAACUCUUCGCCUCUUUUCUUAAUCGCUUAUUCAACACUCUCAACUGGACCAUUACUGAGUUCUCAGUCGUGAUCAAGGAAAUGCAGGAAUUUGCUGAGCGCCAGUGUCCGGUGCCAGAACUCCAGCAACGGAAGUGUGCAAUUAUGUUUGAGCUUUCGUGCAACCUCGAGAGGAUUCUGGAGUUUUUCACGCAGGAAUUGUCACAUGCAUUUUUGCUUGGUGCUGAAAUGAAUCUUGUCAGACUUUGUGAGCUCAUCAUAUUCGUGCUCAAUCAUACCACUUCCAGCGCAGAUGCACAAAUAUUUGACAGUGCGCUGAGGCAGCAGGGCCAAUCUCUAGAGAAAAUAAACAGGUCGAUGAUUCUAGCUCCAAUUGUGGGUAUAGUGUUGAAUCUUUCAGUAGCAACUUCUUCGACGAAUCAUGGUCUGGUUUAUGAUCUAGCACAAGUUAUCGCAAACGUGGACUACUCUGCCUCAAUGAUUAACGACUUUGAGUAUCUAUUGGAGUUCAAUUGGAAUGCCGCAUUUAAAGGUGAUCCAUCAUUGAAGAAACUUCCCGAGCUGAAGAAUUUCGUGACUAGGCUGAGUAUCGAAUCCGAUGCGGCGAGGGAAAGAGCAACAGAAGAAGAGAUGUUGCAAUCAGAUUUGAUCCGAGAUGCCACUGGUGAGGAUAAAGUGGAGAUCUGUUGCAUAUGUUGUGUAGGUGAAUUGGAUACUAUCUUCGUUCCCUGCAAACACCAGUCUUGUUUGCGCUGCAUCACGCGGCACCUCCUAAACAACCAGCGCUGCUUUUUCUGCAACGCACAUAUAUCCGAGUUGGGAUCCAUGCCAGUAGCUUCGGCCGGAGAAUUUCCGGCCUCCAACACUACUUUGAUUGAAAGUAGAUUUCCAUGGAAAAAAUGAGUCUCUUCGAUGGGGAUCCUUUGACGAGUCUGCUUUACCGAAGAACGUCUGCCUGUCGUGUUCUCGUGAACGUGAACUGUAGAAUUAGGCAGAUACUUCAGGAAGAUUUGUUCUGAACGGCAGUGACCAUUAUCAAAUUUUGGAGAUCGAAUCGACCUUUAGGAUACCCAUGGGUUUAAGACUCAAUGGACCGAACAUUAACGGACGACGGGAGUUGGAGAGAUAGUCGGAGGAUACUUCCAGCAAUUCUCUUCCAACUUUCGAUCAUGAAACUCCCGGAUCUCUUCGCAGCUGCUGCUUCGGAGGUUCUUGAGAUUCAUAUGAAGUGGUAUUGUACAUUUAUAUCCUGGAGGCACGGAGGGGCUUUGGGAGAGGUGAGGACGGGCUUGAAGGGAGCAGGCAGGCAGGCAGGGCAGGGCAGGCAGUGCAGGCAUCCAGUUGUUUCAGGAAUUUAAUAUUAGGUCUCCACAACGAGGAGGCCACUGAUGAUCUUGUACAACUUACGCGUGUAUGUAAAGGAGAAUGGGUCCUAGAACGACCCACGAGCAAUGAUCGAUGUG